AUGGGGCUAAGACUUGCCAGCGUUUUUGCACUGUGGCUGGCUCUUUCCUGUGCGAAUGAAAUUAAAAAAGGCAGAACCCAAAACCAUGGCCACUACGUCUGCAGUACCUGGGGGAACAAUCAUUUCAAAACUUUUGAUGGCGACUUCUACCAGUUCCCUGGACUCUGUGAUUACAACUUUGCUUCUGACUGCCGAGAGUCUUACCAGGAGUUCUCAGUCCACGUCCAGCGUGCUGUGAAUGAAAAUCGACACCCUGACAUCCAAUAUGUCCUGAUAACCAUAAAGGCUACUGUAAUCUACCUCACCCAAAAUGCGGUUGUCGUGGAUGAGCAAAUUGUAACAACACCAUACUAUAGUUCCGGUUUGCUGAUUGAGAGCAGUGAAAUCUACACUAAAGUCUAUUCAAGAGCGGGCCUGGUUCUAAUGUGGAACCGUGAAGAUUCACUGAUGUUGGAGCUGGAUGCCAAGUUUAACAACCAUACAUGUGGUCUUUGUGGGGAUUACAAUGGACAGCAGCUCUACAAUGAAUUUAUCUCUAACGACAUGAUUUUCAAUCCGAUCACAUUUGGAAAUAUGCAAAAGAUUAACAAACCCAACACAGUAUGUGAGGACCCUGAUGAAACACAGACUGUCACAACCUGUAAUCAGCAUCGUGAUGAGUGUCUGAGUCUGCUGACUUCUUCAGUAUUCGCUGACUGUGAGUCCCGUCUGAACCUGGAGAUGUAUGUUCAAGCCUGUAUGCAGGAUAAAUGUGCCUGCCAGGGAGCUGAGGAUUCCUUCUGCCUUUGCAGCACCAUCUCUGAGUACUCUCGCCAAUGCUCCCAUGCUGGUGGCCGGCCUGGAAACUGGAGGACAGAAAAGUUUUGCCCUAAGACGUGCCCUGGAAACAUGAUCUACCAGGAAAGCAGCUCACCAUGCAUAAGCACUUGUUCCCAUUUGGAAAUCAGCAGCCUUUGUGAGGAACACUUCAUGGAUGGCUGCUUCUGCCCUGAAGGAACUGUGUAUGAUGACAUCAGUGGGAAAGGCUGUGUGUCUGUUAACCAAUGUCACUGCAAACAGCAUGGAUCCCUGUAUUCACCUGGGCAAACUAUCACCAAUGAAUGUGAAGAAUGCACCUGUGAUUCAGGCAGGUGGGUGUGCAAGCACUUAUCCUGUCCAGGCUCAUGCUUAGUGGAAGGAGGUGCUCACAUCACCACCUUUGAUGGGAAGAAAUACACCUUCCACGGAGACUGCUACUAUGUGCUGUCCAAGGGAGGUAUAAAUGACACUCACUCCCUCCUGGCAGAGCUGUCUCCCUGUGGCUCCACAGACAAACAGACCUGUUUGAAGACUGUUGUGCUGUUAAUAGACCACAAGAAAAAUAUCUUGGUUUUCAGAUCAGAUGGCACUGUGCUGCUGAAUGAACUGGAAGUGCACUUGCCUCAUGUGACAGCAAGCUUCUCAAUUUUCCAGCCAACUUCAUACCAUCUCAUUGUGCAUACCUAUUUUGGUCUCAAGCUACAAAUCCAAUUGGUUCCAAUCAUGCAGCUGUUUGUGAUUGUGGAUCAAUCUGCCCAAGGAAAACUGCAAGGUCUUUGUGGGAAUUUCAAUGGCAUAGAAUGUGAUGAUUUUAAAACAGCUGGUGGGCUGGUAGAAGCUACAGGAUCUGCCUUUGCUAACACUUGGAAAGCACAAGCCACCUGUAAAGACCAAGUGGAUAAUUUGGAAGACCCUUGUGCUCUCAGCUUUGAAAGCGAAAAUUAUGCUGAAUAUUGGUGUUCCUUACUGAAAAAUUCAGAAUCUCCUUUUGCCAGAUGUCACUCAGUCAUUGAUCCUGUGGAAUAUUAUAAGAGAUGUAAAUAUGACACCUGCAACUGUAAGAACAGUGAAGAAUGUUUGUGUGGGGCCCUCUCCUCUUAUGCAAGAGCCUGUGCCGCCAAAGGAAUCAUGCUGGGGGGCUGGAGACAAACUGUCUGCAACAAAGAAGUGUCCUCUUGCCCAGCAUCCCAGGUCUUCCGUUACAAUCUGACCACAUGUCAACAUACCUGUCGCUCCCUUGCUGAUGGCGAAAAGCACUGCUUGGAGGGCUUUAUUCCCAUUGAUGGCUGUGGCUGCCCUGAUAACACCUAUAUGAAUGAGAAGGGUAACUGUGUGCCCAUCUCCCAUUGUACAUGCUACUAUAAAGGGUCAUACCUGGAACCUGGGGAUGUCAUCAUGAAACAAGAAGAACGCUGUGUUUGCCGAAAUGGAAUUCUCCAUUGCACUCAAGUGACUCACAUGGUAUCUUUUUUUACAGAGUGUCUGUCCCCCAAGAUUCCCUUUGAUUGCAGCAGUGUCAAGUCUUGGUCUUCACAAACCCCUCUGCAGCUAAGCUGCCAUACGCUGGGUACUGACUAUUUCCAGACAGAGUGUGUCUCAGGGUGCAUGUGUCCUCAUGGACUGAUUGAUGAUGGCAGAGGGGGCUGUGUCAAGGAGAAGGACUGUCCAUGUAUUCAUAACAAGCAGUUUUAUUCUUCUGGAGAAGACGUAAAAGUGGGCUGCAACAAAUGUACCUGCCAAAAAGGAAAAUGGAACUGCACCGAUAAUGUGUGCUAUGGGACUUGUACUGUAUAUGGAAGUGGCCAUUAUAUCAGCUUUGAUGGAAAACACUAUGACUUUGAUGGACACUGUGAAUAUGUGGCUGCCCGGGAUUAUUGUAGCGAGGAUCCCAAAAAUGGUUCGUUUAGUAUCGUCACAGUGAAUGUUCCAUGUGGAACGACCGGAGUCACCUGCUCAAAGGCUAUUAAAGUAUUUCUAGGGAGCACCGAACUGAAGUUUGAGGACAAUCAAUAUGUAGAAAUUCAGCGAGAUGUUGGCGACCAUGUACGGUAUUGGAAUCGUACAGUGGGGCUAUAUCUUGUUAUUGAGGCCAGCAAUGGCAUGAUGCUCAUCUGGGAUAAGAAGACUACUAUUUUCAUAAAGCUGACUCCUAAUUAUAAGGGCAAAAUCUGUGGUUUGUGUGGCAACUUCGAUGACAAGUCCAACAAUGACUUCACAACAAGGAACAGGCUGCUGGUGACCAAUCCUCUGGAGUUUGGUAAUUCUUGGAAACAGUCUAGGUCCUGCCCUGAUGUGGUGAAUGAGAUUCUGCCCUGCAAUCUGAAACCUCACCGCAAGUCCUGGGCAGAGAAGGAGUGCAGCAUCAUCCGGAGCAAUGUCUUUAAAGUUUGUCACAAUAAGGUGGACCCAACUCCAUUCUAUGAAAAUUGUGUUCAUGAUGCCUGCUCCUGUGACAGUGGUGGAGACUGUCAGUGCUUCUGUUCCGCAGUUGCUGCUUAUGCCCAAGAGUGCAUUAAGGCUGAAGCUUGUGUCUUCUGGAGAACUCCUGAUAUAUGCCCAAUAUUUUGUGAUUACUACAACCCUCGGAAUGAGUGUGAAUGGCACUACGAGCCUUGUGGCCGUCAUAUUGUGACCUGCAGGAUCAUUAACAAUGUCAGCUCCAACUUUCCAUUGCCAUAUCUGGAAGGUUGCUACCCCAGAUGCCCUAAAGAAAAGCCCAUUUUUGAUGAAGACCUCAACAAAUGUGUAACUGAAGUUGAAUGUGGCUGUUAUAGUCAAAAUGGCACUCAUUAUGAAAAUGGCACAAAAAUACCCACAGAAGACGAUUGUAAGAACAACUUCACAAUGAAGCUUUUUCUUGCAGGCUGUACCCCAGCCACUCCACCCCCCACAACCACCACCAUCACCACCACCACGCCGACAACCACUACAACUACCACUGUGUCAACGUCAACUACUACAACAGAGACCACAACAGCGAUAUAUGAGAAUCCAUUAAACAUUUAAUGCAGAGCUAAGAAAUUCCCUGUCAUCUCCAUUGUAGUUUUAGGACAAAAAGUGCAAGGUGAUGUUUCCACUGGGCUUAUCUGUAAUAAUAAAGACCAACACAACUACCACCAAGUGCCCCCAACUCUCACACCCAUAAGUAUAGCAACCAACGAACCCCCAACACCCACAACUACCAUGAAGCCCCUAACCCGCACACCCACCAAUACAAUGACCAUUGAGCCUCUAACCCCCACACCCACAACACCAUGUUCACCUAUAGCUCAAUAUUGUUGGUGGUCUGACUGGAUUAGUGUGAGUGAGCCAAAAUAUGGCCCAGAAUAUGGUGAUGAUGAAACCUAUGACAAAAUCAGAGCAUGGAACACCUCAGCGAUAUGUGAUAAUCCACUAAAUAUUUCAUGCAGAGCUCCGAAAUUCCCUGGCAUCCCCAUUAAAGAUUUAGGACAAAAAGUGACAUGUGAUGUUUCCACUGGACUUAUCUGUAAUAAUAGAGACCAAGUCCCAGGGGGCAUGAUUCCAAUGCUUAUGUGCCUCAAUUAUGAGAUCAGUGUUUACUGCUGCUCAUCAGGUGUGCUUUGCUCCACACCUACAUCUACGACUCCAACUUCCACCCUGACAACCACGACAACCAUUCCAACAUCAACUACUACAACUGGAACCACAACCAGCACUUCAACAGAAUACUAUAAUAGAGACACAUAUUACUACUUAGAACAAACUCUGGCCACGGUUUACAUGGGAAUAAGGGGUACCUUCUGUCAAAGAGAUCAUUAUCACAAGAGGCAACAUGGUAGGGGUAGAAUAUGUAUUUACUAUAGUAACUUUUUUUUACAAAUGAUUUGGAUAUUUAUAUCUGAUUUCCCUAUCAUCACCACCACAGCAACCACUACCCCAGAGACAACGACACCUACCACCACAGAAACAACUACCCCAGAGACAACAACACUUACCACCACCACCACCACCACAGAAACAACUACCCCAGAGACGACGACACCUACCACCACUACCACCACUACAGUAACGACUACACCAGAGACAACUACACCUACCACUACCACCACCACAGAGACAACGACACCUACCACCACCACCACCACAGCAACUACUACCCCAGAGACGACAACACCUACCACCACCACCACCACCACAGAAACAACUACCCCAGAGACAACGACACCUACCACCACCACCAGAGAAACAACCACCUCAGAGACGACGACACCUACCACCACCACUACAGAAACAACUACCUCAGGGACGACAACACCCACCACCACCACCACCACAGAAACAACUACCCCAGAGACGACGACACCUACCACCACUACCACCACUACAGUAACGACUACCCCAGAGACAACUACACCUACCACUACCACCACCACAGAGACAACGACACCUACCACCACCACCACCACAGCAACUACUACCCCAGAGACGACAACACCUACCACCACCACCACAGCAACUACUACCCCAGAGACAACGACACCUACCACCACCACCACCACCACCACCACAGAAACAACUACCCCAGAGACGACGACACCUACCACCACCACCACAGAAACAACUACCUCAGGGACGACAACACCCACCACCACCACCACUACUGAAACAACUACCCCAGAGACGACGACACCUACCACCACUACCACCACUACAGUAACGACUACCCCAGAGACAACUACACCUACCACUACCACCACCACAGAGACAACGACACCUACCACCACCACCACCACAGCAACUACUACCCCAGAGACGACAACACCUACCACCACCACCACAGCAACUACUACCCCAGAGACAACGACACCUACCACCACCACCACCACCACCACCACAGAAACAACUACCCCAGAGACGACGACACCUACCACCACCACCACAGAAACAACUACCUCAGGGACGACAACACCCACCACCACCACCACCACCACAGAAACAACUACCCCAGAGACAACGACACCUACCACCACUACCACCACUACAGUAACGACUACCCCAGAGACAACUACACCUACCACUACCACCACCACAGAGACAAUGACACCUACCACCACCACCACCACAGCAACUACUACCCCAGAGACGACAACACCUACCACCACCACCACAGCAACUACUACCCCAGAGACAACGACACCUACCACCACCACCACCACCACAGAAACAACUACCCCAGAGACAACGACACCUACCACCACCACCACAGAAACAACCACCUCAGAGACGACGACACCUACCACCACCACUACAGCAACUACUACCCCAGAGACGACGACACCUACCACCACCACCACAGAAACAACUACCUCAGGGACGACAACACCCACCACCACCACCACUACUGAAACAACUACCCCAGAGACGACGACACCUACCACCACUACCACCACUACAGUAACAACUACCCCAGAGACAACAACACCUACUACCACCACCACCACCACAGAAACAACCACCUCAGAGACAACAACACCUACCACCACCACCACAGCAACUACUACCCCAGAGACGACAACACCUACCACCACAGCAACUACUACUCCAAAGACAACGACUCCUACCACCACAGAAACAACGACACCAGAGACGACGACACCUACCACCACCACCACAGAAACAACGACCCCAGAGACAACAACACCUACCACCACCACCACCACCACCACCACAGAAACAACUACCCCAGAAACAACGACACCUACCACCACCACAGCAACCACUACCCCGGAGACAACGACACUUACCACCACCACCAUUACAGCAACAACGACACCUACCACCACCACUACCACAGCAACAACUACCCCAGCGACGACGACACCUACCACCACACCCGUACCCGGAUGUCUGGUACCUAAUACUAAUAUGACCGUCCCACCAGGUGGAAGCUACUGGCCAUGUAACUGCACCAAGGCAAUAUGCAUUAACAACACGAGUUGGGAGCUGGUUACGACUGUAUGUGAACCUCCUCCUAUGCCCAGUUGUAUCAAUGGGCUCGCUCCAGUGCUGGUGAAGGGUGAAUGCUGUUGGCACUGGGAGUGUGACUGCUAUUGCACUGGCUGGGGAGACCCACAUUAUGUGACUUUUGAUGGACAGUACUAUAGCUACCAAGGGAAUUGUACGUAUGUCCUGGUGGAAGAGAUUAACAAAAAUAUUGACAACUUUGGGAUCUACAUUGACAACUAUCACUGCAUUGCACAGGACAGAGUGUCAUGUCCACGUACACUCAUCGUGAGACACGAGACCCAGGAAGUGCACAUAAAGACUAUCACAUUGUUUCCUCUCAAAGUACAGGUGACGGUAAACAAUCAGGAAGUGGCUAUACCUUACAAAAAAUACGGCGUGAGCGUCUUUAAGUCAGGCAUAAAUUACGUAGUGGAAAUUUCUAGACUUGGGGUAAAUGUAACCUACAAUGGAUGGACUUUCUCAGUUAGAUUGCCCUACCAGAGGUUUGGCAACAACACCCAAGGACAGUGCGGCACUUGUACCAACAACACAGCAGAUGACUGCAUGUUACCUGGUGGAAAGAUCAUAGGUAACUGUGAAACCAUGGCAGAUCAUUGGGUGAUUAAUGACCCUGAAAAGCCACACUGCUCUCCAUCCCUAACUACUACAGAGGCACCUCCUAUCACCCCACCAUCCUGCAAACCAUCUGAUCUCUGCAAGCUCAUUAAAGAAGGCCCAUUCAAAGCAUGCCAUCCCUUUGUCAACCCUGACCACUACUAUGCAGCCUGCGUUUUCGACAGCUGCGCUCUUCCCAACUCUAAAUUGGAGUGUGCAAGUUUGCAAACCUACGCUGCUCUCUGCGGUGACCAGGGGGUCUGUGUUGAUUGGAGAGGCCAUACCCGUGAUAUCUGCCCGCUUAAGUGCCCAUCACACAAAGUAUACAAAGCAUGUGGUCCUAUUGAAGAGGUGACCUGCAAGUCAAGCCAAGUUGCACAAAACCAAACCAGUCAUGUGGAAGGCUGCUUCUGUCCUGCUGGAACAAUACCUUAUGGUGAAGGUGUGGAUGUCUGUGUAAAAACCUGCGGGUGUGUUGGACCAGAUAAUAAACCAAGAAAGUUUGGGGAAGUUUUUGAGUUUGACUGUAAGAGUUGCAUUUGCCUGGAGGGUGGAAGUGGCAUUAUCUGUGAGCCCCUCAAAUGUCCAGCGCAAGCGGAUAAACCAAGCUGCAGUGAUGAAGGCUUUUACGAGGUCACUGAAGUCAGUCCUGACAACAUCUGCUGCAGCAUAACUUCCUGCAGAUGCAAUGCGAGCUUUUGCACAACCAUACCUCCUAAAUGUAAAAUUGGUUACGAACUUGUUUCCGAUAUUGCCACUGGCAAGUGCUGUCCUACAUAUGAGUGCGUUCCCAAGAAGGUUUGUGUGGUUGGGAAUGCUGAGUACAUGCCUGGUUCCCCAGUCGUUGCUGAUAAGUGCCAAAAUUGUGUCUGCACUGAUAAAUCGAACAGUAGUGGUCUGAAUGUCGUCACAUGCAAGCGCAUUCCAUGCAAUGAAAGGUGCCAGCCAGGAUAUGAACUUAAAGAUGUGAAAGGGGAAUGCUGUCCAAAAUGCGUGCAGACCAAGUGUGUUGUAAAUAAGGGUGACAGCACCGUCCUCAUCUUGAGUCCUGGUAAAAUGGAAAAUGAUCCAAAAGACAACUGCACCGUUUAUAGCUGUGUGUCGAUCAAAGGUCAGCUCAUCUCCUCCACCUCAGAGAUUACCUGCCCAUCGUUCAAUGAGGAGAAUUGUAAAGCUGGCACUAUUACACUGCUACCUAAUGGUUGCUGUAAAACAUGCAUCCCUCGCGACAGCCCAUCACCGUGUUCUGUCACCCAAAUCGUGGACCACAUCACCCAUAAGGGCUGCCGUUCUGUGGAUAAAGUCUACCUGACUCAAUGUGAAGGAUCAUGCGGAACCUUCUCAUUAUACUCUGCUGAGGCCAACUCCAUGGAGCACAAGUGUUCCUGCUGCAGGGAGGCAGCGACUAGCGAGAAGCAAGUUCUACUGCAAUGCCCCAACGGGAAAUCUCUGAUUCACAAGUACCUGCACGUGGACCGUUGUGAAUGUCUUGACAGUGAGUGCACACAACCCAGCUCCUCAGAAAAGUCAAAGGAAAGUGAAGAACAGAGUGCCAUCGAACGUGUCAAGCGGGCCAUUCAGAAAAUAUUGAAAUGA